GGAAAAUGGAAAAACAGAAAAUUCACUUGGUCGAGCAGAAGUUCAUACUCAGUGUUUUGACUGAGAUUUGUUUACACAUAUUUACUGUGGAACUAGAAGGACGUUGUUCAUCAGGAGUUUAAAUAUGGGAAAUGUGUGGGUGUAGAGGACUACCACCAGGCUGCUGAGUGAACCUUAAUGCCCAGAAAACAGCACCCAGUAUGGACAUCAUGGAAGACUUCCCUCUCCCACCUCCUGAAAUGUUGGUGGACAAUGUGCCCUAUGCAGAUGAAGAAGAGGGGGAGCAGUUUGAAUUUGAUGACAGUGGGGAUGAGGUCCCUGAGGCAGACCAGCUGCCCCCCGCCCCUCUGGCCCCUGACUACGGGGCCCAGGCCAAUGGUGUGGCCCCAGAGCCAGAAGGAGCAGACCCCGAACACCACCUAGAGGGGCAGCCCUCCAACCCAGACCCCCCAGCAGCGACAGCGACUGUGGACACAACUACUGCUACAGUUGCCGCAUCACUUCCAGUUCCAGCUACCAUGGCCACAACAGACACAGCAGAAGGGGAAAAGGCUUCAGCAGUCCCAGUCCCAGCUGACACAGACCGUGACCUACCCCCUCCUCCACCUUCAGAGGACUCCUCUCCUGUAGGAACAGACUCUGUUGUUACUGUGGUAGCGACAUGCAACACUUCUGUAGACAGUGUCUUUAGUGAAGAGUAUCCUGCCAUCAGGGAGGAGGAUGCUUUGUCCAAAUGGGUGUCGGACCCUGCAAACACAGCCUGGAUGGAAAAUCCAGAUGAAGUAAUUUAUGAUGACGUACCCAGAGAGAACUCUGAUUCAACUACAGAGCCAGAUGAGAUGAUCUAUGACGAUGUGGAGAUUGGGGAGGAGGGCUGUGGCAGCUCCCUAGACAACGGUUGGAGCUCCAGUGAGUUUGAGAGCUACGACGAGCAGAGUGACGGGGAGGGCCAGGGGGAGAACGGCCUGCCUGACGCCUUCAUGAGAGGGAAGACGCCGCAGAAGAAGACCACCCAUAUGCAGAAGCUGGUGAAGGCAGCGAGAGACGGGACCAAAGACGGCCUGGAGAAGACCAAAGCAGUGGUGAAAAGGGGACGGUCGUUCAUCAAGACCAAAACCCACUGUCAUGAGAGGAAGUCGACCUGUUUUGAGGAUGAGGAGUCAGAGCUCUUCAUCGAGGUGGAAUGCUUCAACAUGGAGCCAGUGCUCAGUCCCGUCCCUGAGGGGCUCUCACAACAACAGGUGGUGAGGAGGUGUAUACUGGGCUCCAUAUUAGAGAGUGAAAAGACCUAUCUGGAUGCACUGAAGCGGAUUUUAGAGCAAUAUGAAAAGCCACUUUCAGAGAUUGAGCCCAGGUUGCUAAGCGACAGGAAGCUCAAGAUGACGUUCUAUCGUAUUCGGGAGAUUCUCCAGUGCCACGCCCUGUUCCAGAUCGCCCUGGCAUGCCGCGUGGCCGAGUGGGACAGUCUGGAAAUGAUUGGGGACGUCUUUGUUGCCUCGUUCUCCAAGUCCAUGGUGCUGGACGCCUACUGUGAGUUUGUGAACAACUUCAGCACGGCCAUGGCGGUGGUCAGGAAGACGUGUGCCUCCAAACCCAGCUUCCUGGACUUCCUCAAGCAUCGUCAGGAUACCAGCAGUGACCGGGUCACUCUCUAUGGACUCAUGAUGAAGCCCAUCCAGAGAUUCCCUCAGUUCAUUCUGCUGCUGCAGGACAUGCUGAGAAACACCCCAGUAGGCCACAGUGACAGGCUACACCUACAGAUGGCCCUGACAGAGCUGGAAACCCUGGCUGAGAAGCUCAACGAGAAGAAGCGGGACGCUGACCAGCGUUGCGAGAUCAGACACAUAGCCAAGGCCAUGAACGAACGCUACCUCAACAAGCUCCUGAGCAACGACAGCCGUUACCUGAUUCGCUCCGACGACAUGGUGGAGACAGUCUACAACGACCGCGGUGAGGUCAUCAAGACCAAGGAGCGACGCCUUUUUCUUCUCAACGACGUGCUCAUGUGUGCCACGCCCAACGUCCGGUGCAGUGUGGAUGGCAGUGGUAGUGGCAACGUCCCCCCGGGCCAGAAGUUCCUGCUGAAGUGGAGUGUCCCUCUGAGCUUUGUGGAUGUGGUAGAGUUUGGUUCCAGUGAGGACAUGGGCGACAACAGCCGCUUCACCCCCCAACCCCACUCUGGAGAGAAGGUGGUCGUCAACGCCAAGCCAAAUAAGCUGUACAUGGGUCCAGGCCAGCUGUACCAGGACCUGCAGAACCUCAUUCACGACCUCAGCCUGGUCAACCAGAUCUCCAGCAUGAUCGGUAGCCUCAAGGGAAACUACCAGAACGUUAACCCUACGGUGGCCCAUGACUGGGUGUCAGGUCUGCAGCGUCUCAUUCUGAAGAAGGAGGAGGAGAUCCGGGCUGCAGAUCGCUGUAGGAUCCAGCUGCAGCUGCCUGGCAAACAGGACAACAGGUCUGGCAGGGCCACAUACUUUUCUGCUGUGUUCAAUACCUUUUCUCCAGCCAUCAAACAGUCCUGGAUCAGUAACCUGCAGAUGGCCAAGCUGGCUCUGGAGGAGGACAAUCUGCAGGGCUGGUUCUUUGCGGAGGAUGAUGGUAACCAGAUCAAGAAGCAGAAACAUCCUCUCCUGCUCAGGCAGAUGCCUGUGGUCAUGUCCAAACUACAGGAGUUCAAGGUGGAGUGUGCGGUCCAUAACCCCGAGCCCCACAUCAACAUAGGGACCACAGCAGACACACCUGCACUCGGACACGGCUGUGUGUGGGUGGCGAGCUGCACCAACCAGAUGGGUCAGAUAGCCAUCGUGGCCAUGCAGAACUCCAGCCCCAAGGUGACAGAGUGUUUCAAUGUGGAGUCUCGGAUCCUGUGCAUGGCUUAUGUACCCACGGAGCAGAGUACCCAGGAGAAUAGGAUGGGGAACCCCGAAAAUAACCUCUCCUUAGUGGGGAAGGCCAGUGACAACCCUACUGUCUGCCUGGGCAUGGAGGAGGGCAGUAUCAUAGUCUAUAAGAGCAGCCAGCAGUCCAAGAAGGUGCGUCUCCAACACUUCUUCAUCCUCGACAAGUCCACCGUGACCAGCCUGGUGCACAAGAAGCAGUGUUUAUACGCUGGCCUUGUGAGUGGCUCAGUUGCCAUCUACUCCAGAGCACAAGAUGGCUUGUGGAAUCCAGACUCUCCUAAGGUGCUGAAGCUUGGGGUUCUGCCAGUGAAGGCCAUGCUAGCUGUGGAGGGCCACGUCUGGGCUUCCUCUGGAGGACAAGUCUUCAUCAUUAGCACUAACACGCACACUGUGGAGAGGCAGUUGGAGGCCCACCAGGAGGAAGGCAUGGUUGUAUCCCACAUGGUGGUGGCUGGGGUGGGUAUCUGGAUAGCCUUCAGCUCUGGGUCCACCCUCCGACUGUUCCACACGGAGACCCUGGAGCCUCUACAGGACAUCAACGUCGCUACGCCUGUACACAACAUACUGGCUGGGAACCAGAGGGUCUCUGUGAGCAGUCUGCUGGUAUGUCAUGGUCUGCUGCUGGUGGGGACCAACCUGGGGGUGACAGUGGCCCUCUCUGUCCCUAGACUACAGGGCAUCCCGAAGGUCACAGGACGGGGCAUGGUAUCUUUCCAUGCCCACCACGGCCCAGUGAAGUUCCUCACCAUGGCAGCCGCCGUGUGCAACCGGCCCUCAGGCAACUCAGACAGCCCAGGCAGCAGCCCACCCAGCCAGCCAGGGGACACCCAGGACGGGGAGGCCUCCCCACCUCCACCCCCAGGCUCCACACCCAGUCCUGCUGCUACUCAGGGCCGGGGAGUGUGGCUGGGGGAGGCAGGCUGCUCCUCCAUGGCCCUCCAUGACUCCCUGUCCUCCUCCUGUGGCUCCCUGGCUCUGUCACAGGGCUCUCUGGAGCACGGGCCUGAGGACGGGGCCAUCUAUGACCUGGUCAAUGACCCAGCCAAUCACCAGAGGGGCAGGAGGGUCAAGAAGGUGGACGUCAGCUCUCUGCUUGUGGUGUCGGGGGGGCUGGGUCACCGCAGGGUCAACAGGAAGAGCAAACAGUCCCGCCAGGAGGAGACUGUGUCCACCAUUAUGGUGUGGCAGAUCCCUCUUCUCAACAUGUAAGAGACUAAAGACUAACUACCACAGUGCAGCAAGGGUGAAGACUGAGGGUGCUGCAGUUCCUAUUUGAAGUCAGUGACACAACUCCAAAGGAUGUCCAUUGCCAUAGUUGUCUGGACUUUGGGCUCAGUCAACUCAACCAUGUGUCUUAGAAUGAAAAAUACUUCAGAGGGCAUUCCAUAAACAGUUUGAAGAGUUUAUUAUGGUGUCUCCCACCCAAAAACCUAUAACCUUAUGUACACGUGAGACAUUCCCAUGGGGUCAAUGCCAAGGGAUCAAUACACUAUAACCACUUUUUCAUGGCACCCGACUUUGCUUACAGCAUCCAAUACCUGAACCGUUCACACCAUGGCGGAAGAUGAAUCCAGUGAAGAGAACAUGGAUAUGUAGAAAAACCACUGAAAUGGCCUUUAAUGUCAUUCUUACGAUGUCAUUUUCAUAGAGGACCAAUGAAAUGUUACUUGUCUUCAGUUGUUAUAACAUGGCUAAUAUAUUCUAUGUUACUGAGACGUUGGGCCAGAUCAUCAGUGUUAAUGGCACAAUAAUUCUAUCUGGGCAGAUGCAGUAUGAAAAUGGACACACAGACAUCAGAAAUUCCCAUUUUCCCAUGUGGACCGAAGUUGAGAGACAAGUUGACUUCAUCUCUGUGGCUUUGAACAAUGUCUACCCUGACACUUCCACUGUUAGGUAAAGGCAUAUUCUGUGGGGCCAAGGUCCUGAUAUUAUGAUCAUCUCAUUGCGCCAGUCUAUGUUCUAUGAAUUGGGUCUGUUUCUAGAUAUGCUUACUUGUUUGUUAUUGGGUCAGGGAGAGGUCCUUUGCAAUGGUGUCCUUAUUUCUCUGGAACACUAAAGCUGAACGUUUCCUUGUAGUUGCCAUCAGAGGGCUAUGGAGGGUGAGUGUUUCUGAAAGGUAUGAUAGGACUUCCUGGCUGGCCAGGUUUCCUGUAGAUCCUAAAUGGAGGGAGAGUCGCUAACUGUUACCAGAUGAAAAGAAGUAGGGGUUGUUACUUGCCCAAAUAAAUGUGUUGUCACUAAAGGGUAUUUAAACAAAACAAAAAAAUGUAAAUGAUAAAAAGCUUUAUACUUUUGUCACAUUUUGUAUGUACUUCUGUUGCGUAUAUUAACAAAUCUAUGAACAAUGUUUUAUUCAACAGUUGAAUGGAUAUUUUCUUUACAUACUGUGUCUAGGUUUGUAUUAAUCUAGUUUUAAUGUAUGCACGCUCAGUUUGCUCACCUUAUAUCAACAAAAAGGAAAUAUUGGGAGGUGCACUAGUUCACAUAUGCUGCCAGUAUGUAUAGCCUUGGGUGUUUGGUUCAAUGCCAAUCUCUAAGUUCACCUCUCCACACUGAACAUCAAGGUUCUUUCUGUAUUAUUUGAAUAACUACAUGUUGCGAAUUAACUAGUUUAGACUUUCAGAAGAACACAGGUACUAACAACUCCAAACAAAAAACUUGUAUGCUUUGUAUUUUGAGAAAUGAAGGAGAAAGACUGCAAGGAAAUGGUAUACAAGGAUGGGGAGUGACUGAUUACAUGUAAUCUGAUUACAAAAAGCCUCAGAUUACAUUGUUUUCUCAAUGACAUGCAAUUCAGCAUUGAAAAAAGGCGCAUGUUUAAGUUUGUUCCACCUGAGCGAGUCUGACCACAAGUCAGAGACAACUAUGAUGACACACCAAAUUGUGUCUUCUUAUAAUGCCUCUUAAAGGACAAUUCCACUCGAAAAACAAUCUAUUGGUAUUUGUUUCAUUAUUCCAUUGUUGACAUAAUCCCAAAAUGUUUUGCUUGUCAGCAAUCAAGUUUUCAAAAUAUGUAACUUUCAAAAUACAGAAAUCAUCUCCAUAUGAUGCGGUUUUUGGGUGGAGUUUUCCUUUAAGGGUAAAGUAAUCCAAAAGCAACAAAGUAAUCAGGUUAUGUUACUGAGUUUGGCUAAUCCAAAUGCAGUUUUGAACAGGUAACUAGGAACUGUAAUGGAUUACAUUUAGAAAUGAAAAAAAGAGACUAAAGCUUUGUUCACCUAACCUUCUGGAUAAUGUGCUGCUAUCAAUUCAUGUAAGGACGAUCUUUUGCCCGGAGUGUAGUAAGAACUGCGGGUGAUGCAGUUCCUGAGGAUUUCAACAUGUACUCUCAUUCUCUCAGCUGGUCAGGAUGUAAUUUGUUUCAUGCCGCCCACAUAGUGUUACACAAUCAUGUUGAAAUGUAUUACUGUAUUAUCUGUGUUAACGCAAAUAUAUUCUAGAACUUGAA